AGAACUCCAGAUUUUCACCCACAAGCCCAUUACAUACUAAACUUACUAUUCCCAUCUUUCAUACAUACAUUCUACUGCAUUCUUCCUUUUCAUUCAACUAUCAACGGCUACCUAAACAUACUUACCAAAAACUCUUCUCUUCUUACAGUCCCAAAAAUGGCGACCGUGGAGUUGAGCCCCAAGGCCAUGCAUAUUCCGAACCAUGAGAUCAAGCGCCCCAGAGGCAUUUUAAAGAACUCAUAUCAAAAAUCGCCACCCCCCGCAUCUCCAAUCAAGGAAAAGGACCUGUCCGAAAAGGAACUCACCAUCAUAAAUACUCAAUCAAAUGCCGGUCAUCGUCGCUCUUCCAGCGCGGCUAGCCGCCCUCCCGGCUCGCGGCGUCAAUCGUCACGUACCCCUUCGCACGGCCCAGACCAAGAAAUGUUUGAUAACAAUCAACGCCUGAAAUGGGACGAAGCGAAUCUCUAUUUGACCGAACAGGAGCGUACUUCCACAAUGAAGAUUACGGAACCCAAAACCCCGUAUGCCAAACAUUACGAGCCGUCGGAAGACGAUGACGACGACGACGAGAUGCUCGAUGGGGAGCUUUCGCGAAAGGAGGAAAUUCCCGGGCUAUCAUUAGGAGAGCCCGAAGAGGACAUCCCCGAAGAUGAAUUUGGAGCCGGGCGCAAACAAAGCAAGGUCCAUGUUAGUGACGAGGAUGCCACACCGCAACAUGAUGCCGAGAAUGAGUUCCUCGGUCUGACCCCCGAAGAACAAGAAAAGCAUCGCAAGUUCGAGGCGUUGCGGAAGAAGCACUACGAGAUGAAGGACGUCGCCAAGUUCCUCGGCCACCCCGAGUCUCUCGACGAGCUCGAGGACGAGGAGGAGGCUCCUCCGAUGCCUACCAUUAACGGCGCUGUCGUCGGAGCUGGCGACUAGGAAUACGGGAUAAGCCACUCUUCUCUUAAGAGGAACGCCACCAGCUUUGGCGAGAGAAGGGGGGCGAGCAAAUUACAAAGACGAUUAUGGGUACGAUGACGAAACAUGCAUGAUGGACGGAGUUUAAUGGCCAGGUGGAGUGCCUUUUGAUUUUAUCAUGUCAGAAGCACAAUAGAAGUGUUUUCGGUGUUGGAGGGGCGAGCGACAUACUACCUACUAUUAGGCUGGGCGAGACAUGGUUAUUUCCGGUUGUUGAUCAUGGUUGUAGUUAUAGAUGCUCUACUUGCGCGGGCUUAGACCUCGAACUCAAUGAAAUAACAUUCAUUCAUAUUUUUAUUGUCUCAUAAACGAGACAAAGUUC